GGAUGGGGCAGAAGAGGAGCCAUUUGCUUGCGGAUUAUAUAUGCAUACUCAAAUACAAUUAUAUAAGAAAUAACCCAUUCCUGAUUAUUUUGGUUGAAGAGUGUUGCAGUAUAACCUUCUCGCCUAAUUGGGUCUCACAAUUGCUGAUAUAAUUACAAAAAUAUGAUAAUGUAAGAUUUUUUUUUUUUUUUUUUUUUUUUUUUUUGUUGAUUUAUCUAUCAUUUUGUCACGGGUCUUCCUCCAAACAAAUCGAAAAGAGAGAGCCCAAUUUAUUUCAUGAUAAAAAAAAAUGGUUUAUUUAGUGAAAUUUGUGUAAAUAAACCAGCAAAAUAUCUCGCAUUUUUGUAAAAUAAUUUCACAUUUUGUAAAACCCGCAUUUGAUAGAAGGUGUUGACUUAUUUAGAUAAAUGUCACCACUUUUUUGUUUAUCCGAAUAAUAAAGUUGAAAAAGACAGAAGGGUUUGGAAGGAGAGCGAAAAUGGAGAAAAUGAAGUCCCGCAGUCUAUAUAUUGAGGAUUACCAUCGCUAUUUCAAAGAUCCAGAGAAGAGUAGUUUAACCGUCAUCCAACUUAAUCAGGUAAUACAAAUGCACGGAUUCAUGAAAGUCGAGAAGAAGCGCAAGAAGGUUCUGGAAGCAUUGAAUGGAUUUGGCCACAACACGUUGAUGAACCCUCUUCGUUCUUCAUUAUCCGAUACUUGUUCAUCACCUCAUCUUCCUCUUUCCAUGGAUCAAGUCAACACUGAUCUUGAUACUCUUCGAUGGCGCGAUGAUGAUGACAAUGCUGGUUUUGCAGUUCAAUCUCUCAAGUCAUUCUCUUUCACUAAUGAUAAUGCUGAUACCCAGUUGCAGAUCACUGCUUGUGGGAAGAGGAAGAGGGUCAGGAAGCCGAAGCAGGUGUUUAACCCGGUUUAUAAGACGAAACCCAGAUCUAAGAAGAAUGUUCAGAAGAGGAAGAGUCUUGCUGAUAUUAUUGCUAAUUGGGGAGUUACUCACUGUUCAUCGAUCAGCUCUUCUGUUAGGGAAUUGAAGUAGUGUGAGUUUGUAAUGAGGAUUGUGCCUGCUAGGUGUUUGUUGAUAUGUCUAAAUGAAAAUAGAUGGUGAUGACUGAUGACUACUACUGUACUACUUGUUGGGUGUGGCCCAAAUAUUUUAGGCCCGUUAUUUAUACAUGUUCUAGAAGGAUCUGGAAUCAAGCAAGGGUAGUGCUUGCUCACAAUUUCUCUAGAUUUUUCUACUAUCUUAUACCAAGUAAUAUUAUGGAAGUUCCUUAACAUUCUAUGGAAUUAUUAAAAUUGGAAGCAACUACAAGUCUAGAAGAUAUAGUUUGUGAAAAUUGUAGAACAUCAUGGCUAUAAGGAUGAAAAAUAGAAUU